AUGUCCAUACAGAUCCACGCUCCAUCUCCAGUCCUGUCCAUGCGAUCGCGGUCGCCUGCCCCGGUGCCCAGCUCCAGCGCGCGUGGCCGGUCCCAGUCAAGAAGGCGCGACUCGUGCGAGCGGCCGUCCUCACCACUCUCGCACCACGCCCAACUACCGCCGCUGCAACGUUCGCCGAUGACACGUCCGUCGAGCCGCUCAGAACGUCUACUACGCGAUACGCUCCGCCGCGCGGAGGAGCACGAUCGCAUGUUGAACGUACAUCCCCUGCCCAGCUCCAAGGUCAUCGGGGCCUCGCUGCCAGGUUCACCGUUCCUGUCGCCCACCGGGGUGUUGACCAUGCCCAACAACGUCGUCCCUGCGAACUCACACUCAAGCCGACGACACAGUCGUCGGAACACUGCCUCGUCUAUCGCGACCAGUGCCUCGUGUGACGACUGCGAACGGCUUUACGAACCCCCCGUCGCCGUUGACCAAGAUGAUGAGUACGAGGAUGUGGAGGAGAGGAAUGGUGGGCAGUGGCGAGGUCAGGUCGGUGGCGCGCACCCGUCUUCUCCCUCACAUCACUACCAAGCGAUGCCGAUGCAGCCGGGGCUGUCUCGUAAUCGCAGCCUGACCAGUCGCAGCGGUGAUGCCAAGCGCACCUUCUCGGAGGCGAACACGAAGGCUCAGAUGGCAUACGGCACCCCGACGUCGCCCACUCCCGUGCGCACGCGGUCAACGACGUCUGCAUCACGGAGACACUCGUAUUCCCACGCACAGUCGCAUUCACAUUCGAAUUCGCGUACGUCGUUCGACGGCGAACACCCAGUGCGCUCGUCCCACCAGUCAAGUACGGUGGUCACGCCGCACGACGCCGUGCUGCGCAGUAGGCUGGAAGGCGUGUUGCGAAAUGCGAAGGAGCAAGAGCGGAGGGAGAAGAGCUCAGAGCGGCGAUACAAGGACGCGGGCUCGAGCAACGGGAGUGGGAGUGGAAGCAGGAACUCAAUGGCGAGUAGCAGGAACCUCAGUGCAGAGGGCGACCUUUUCUUUGGUGCUGGAGGCGAGUCGAGCGUCACUUCGCUGUCGUCCGUCGAUGUGAAGCCGUCUGCUACAGCGGUUGCACCGAGUCGGACUAGUUUGUCGUCGACCCGAUCGGCGCCGACUGGUUUCAGCUUCCCGGCGCGCUCCCCGCCGAUGUCAAAUAUGCCCCUGCGCCCGCCGGGCACGCCCAGCCGCCAGCGCGCGUCGCCAACGAGCUCGCACAGCAGUGGCGUGAGCCCAUUGACUCCGCCGCCGUCGCCGCCGUUCAACGCGCGAACAGCCGCGGAGCAGUGUAAGGCGAUGGACGGCUACGUCUCAUUUGCGACUAUCGAAGGACUCGGUGUGCCCGAGGGCUACGAGGACGACGACAACGAGGACGAUGAUGGCAACGGCCGCGGUCGAUGGUGGCAAUGGCUCACUAUCGCGUCGAAGAGCAGAGACCGCAGUGCGAGCAUCCACAGCGGCAUUUCGCGGUGA